AUGAGUUUCAGGGACGAUAACAGACGAUUUCCAGCUGGACCUUCGGGCAACGUGGAGUCAGUUGGAUAUAGAAGCAGAGAGAGUCGAGGAAACAGGAAUUUCAGAGGAAAUAGGUAUCAGGAGGAGCCAGAAUCGAGGUACGCUGGUAGAACAGGACCCAGUCGUUUUGGAGGUGAAUCGAACAGCUUUAGAAGAGGCCCUGGCAACAGAUUUCAACAGGAUAACUAUAGACGUGGGAAUGGCAGAGGGAACGGUGGUGACCGAAACGAUAACAACAUCAACUGGCAACAAGUUCAACCGCUAAGCGAACGCCAGAAAAUGCGUCCUUCGCUCUGGGAUAAAACUCCAAAGGGCUUCGAAAAGGUUCCAGCAGAAAGAGCGAAAUUGUCAGGUCUUUUCCCACUUCCAGGGCAGCCCCAGGAGCUGGACCGCUCGAAACUAGACGGCAUAGUGUCUAGCGGUGUACUGACACGGCGUACGCGGAUUUUGUUUGAAGAUCCCACCAGAGCCAACAUGAGCAAGACCAAAUUUAACCAAAUUCUCGUUUUGACAGCAGUUGGGGCAAGUAAUCCGGAAAUGGACCAUGUAGUCAAAUUUGUGAGCGCAUUUGUUAAACUUGUCGAGGAAACUCAUGAGCUCAAAUCUCACAGUAUUCUGAGCGAAAACAGACUAAGAUUGCACUUUAGCAGCGAAGAGAUUACUACCAUAGUACUCAGUUGCCAGAAAUACAUAGAAGCGAAAACGAAGUGCAAGUUUAUCUGGCAGCGACCUGGCGAAUGUGUGCGGAAAGUCAAAUCAGAGGACGCCGUUUGUGGAGGUCAGAUAAUCGCUCUGCUGGGUCUUGAGACGUCCGAUGAGGAAACACUCAAAGCGGACCUAAGCAGUCAUGGUGUCGAAGUCAAAUGGCUCAAGUUCAUUUUUUUAGAAAGCACACAAGAAUUCACAGGUGCUGCGCUGCUGGACCCCAAGUCGUGGAACAACGAUAUCCGUCAUUAUAGGUGGAUUCGUCCAAACGAUUCGAAACUGCAUCAAGAUUUCGAGGAAAUAACUUUUCAGCAACUACCGCAACUGGUGUCCCGUCGAGACCACGAGCCUUCUCGUGUACUUGUGCUGCUGAAUUGCGUUGAUGGAAAGGAUCUGAAGAAUGAAGAAUUUGUUAGCGAGCUUCAUGACUGUAUGACCCAAUCUGCCAUAAUGACGUCCUUCGGAGAAAUUGAAAGCGUUAAAAUCCCUAAACCUGGGGCCGACUAUCGCACCAGUUUCGAAACUAUAGAAGAAAGCAUAGGCAAGAUUUUUGUCAAGUUUAAAGAAAUCGAGAGUGCGCGACAUGCAAUGCAAAAGCUUCCCGGACGUCAGUUUAAUGAUAGAACGGUACUUUGUGCGUAUUUCAGCGAAAGGGACUACACCAUGGGCAUAUUGUAG